CUCAUCGCGGCAAUCGGAAGGGAAAAAAAUACAUAGGUGCUUUUAUUUCGUACAUUUUAGUAAUUUGUGUGUUUUUCGUGUUCAACGUGUACGAGUAUUUAUUGUUACUGUACAAUUGUACAAUUUCCGACGGCUAAAAAUACGUACAAAACAGAGUGGCAGCCAGCUUUCGGAGUGUAACUAAAAAAGCGCCACGUUCUCGCGUUCUACAAAACACUCUCCCCACCACAAAUACACACAACACACAACUACACACUAUAUAUAAUUAAUUUAAAACAAAAAACCGCUUGGCAACAACUAUCCCAACAAAUUCAAUGAAAUAAAACUAUAAUUUCAAGCGAAAUAAACGUCUAUUUGUUGUAAACCAAAAGAGUGUGAAUUGUCCAACGGCAACCGGAAAGAGAGAAAUCGGGAAAAAGUUUUAUAUCACAUCAGUGCUUUUCCAAUGUAGCCCUUCACGCCUGAUUAACACGAGAGCGUUGUGUGACUAUAUAGCAGUUUCGUGUUAAAUACCUCAAAAUCAUCGUACAAACUGGCCGACUAUAGCAAAUAUCCAAAGAAUUCUCCUCCAUACCAUACAUUUCCCAGCAGCAGCCAAAGCGAUUUUCACUCCAGCUAGCGCAACAUUUGACUGAGUCACGAGCCAUUACAAUUUCCCGUUCUUCAAAUGGGUUGACUUGUGAUAUUGCAGCUUCCUGGACCCGGGAAACAAAAGGGAUACAGCUUGAACCUGAAAAGACAUAGCCGAAGAGAACAUCAGAACACCAUCCACACAUCCAUCCAUAGGAUACGAUAGCCAACAAUAGACCCCAAUUGAACUGUUUGGAAUCUCUGCAAGACCAAUGAACCACUCGGCCGCAUCGCUUUACAGCGUGGCCACCAUCUGCAGCACCUGCUCCUGCUCCUGCUCCUACACCUGCUCCAGCCGCAGCUUCAGCAUCCCGCAACACACUGGCCAGCUGAUUCGUCAACGUUUUGGCCACUCGUACGCAGCACGCGCCGAUCUCAAUUAUAGCCACGAAUACUGAAACUCCACUGAUCCACUCCCCACCGCCCACUGAAGCGAUCGAACGCGUGUGAUAUACAUAUAUCCCAUUUCUUUGUGGAUUAGAAUCAGCCUCACGA